UCCCGUUACUCUCGGGAAGGUUUCCGAGGCCGCUCCCAUCCUCACCCCACCUCCCGGCCCGGCACUGGCCUCGCCGCCGGAGCCCCACUAUGCCAGACGGUUUCGACACUUCGCAAAGACAAAGAGCCCCCGAGCAGAGCGAGGAGAGAGAGCAGGAAGGCGAGGACACAGAGGCGCCGGGGGCGAUGUGAGCCGCGGGAUUCCACUUCCUUGGCUGGAAACGCCAGUGGCAGGCAGCCGGUAACUCUGAGGACUGUGCCGAGCAAAGGGACGAGUCUGCCUGGGGACCGGGGAUGGACAGCCCCUUGGCCUUCUGAGAUGAAGAAACUGAGGCUCAGAGAGGUUAAGGAGCUCCACUUAGGUCACAUAGCAGCCUCCGAGAGUGCUGGGAUUACAGGUGUGCACCACCACCACACCUGGCUUCAAGAAACUUAGAUGCACGGCAAAUCCUUCAUCUCGGUGUACCUGCAUGAUGUUGGCUGCUCGAAGCAUGGUCCGGCUCUGCUCUCCUCCAUUCCCCAAUAAUGUCCCUGCUGCCACUACAGCCUGCCUGCCCCCAAAGCCCUGGGGCCUGUUGAUGCUCCGGAAGUUCUCACCUCGACCUUCUCCUGAUCCCAGACACCGCCCAUCAAGUGCCUGGAGCAGCAGGGGCACCAGCAAAUCUGUAGUGAACAGAUGGGAUGAGUAGACAGCCUGUGUGCCCUCAUCAAGACUGCCACUUAACUGCCACCUCCCUGGUGACAGCACGGAAGAGCCAAGCAUCUAAUUAAGGAUCUGUGUACCACACUUUCCGGAGGAGGGCGUCACCAAGGCCUAGCUUCCCAGUCCUCACCCCUGAGGGUCCCCAGACUGGAUGGGACAGGAAAUCACUGUUAUUAUAUUUAAUUAGAACUUCAGCUAGAGACAUCACCAUCAGCCCUCUCAGGACUGCAGAACAGGCAACCUUAUAUCCUAAAAGACAAACCGAGCACACUCAGGUGGCCUUCGUGUGCCACACGGGGACAUCCAGAACCCAGGGCUGGCCGCUUCUCCAUGGGAAGGAGGUCUGCCCAAGCUGCCCAAGAAACCUUCCUGGGGAUCCAACGGCCCCUCCAGCUGAGCCUGCACCUCUGGAACUUUUUUGUGUCUCUGAUCGGCGAGGUGGGGUCCCCCUGCCACCCCCCGGCUGGAAGCAAAGAUGAUGACCAUGCAGAAGAAGACCCUCAAAGUGCUCACCUUCCUGGUGCUCUUCAUCUUCCUCACCUCUUUUGUCCUGAACUACUCGCACACCACAGUGCCCGCAGCCUGGUUCCCCAAGCAGAUGGUCCUCGAGCUGUCGCAGAACCUGCGGAAGCUGAUCAAGAACCAGCCCUGCACCUGCGCACACUGCAUCAGCCAGCGCAAGGUCUCCACUUGGUUCGACAAGCGUUUCAACCAGACCUUGCAGCCGCUGCUGACGGCCCACAACGCAGUCCUGGAGGAGGACACCUACCAGUGGUGGCUGAGGCUGCAGCGGGAGAAGAAGCCCAGCAACCUGAGCGACACUGUCAGGGAGCUGUUCAGCGUGGUGCCGGGGAACGUGGACCCCAUGCUGCAGAAGAGUUCGGUGGGCUGCCGGCGCUGUGCUGUUGUGGGCAACUCGGGCAACCUGCGGGAGUCCCUGUACGGGGCCGAUAUAGACAGCCAUGACUUUGUGCUCAGGAUGAACAAGGCACCCACAGUGGGGUUUGAAGCCGACGUGGGGAGCAAGACCACGCACCACCUGGUGUAUCCCGAGAGCUUCCGGGAGCUGGGGGAGAACGUCAGCAUGGUCCUGGUCCCCUUCAAGACCAUCGACCUGCAGUGGGUAGUCAGUGCCACCACCACUGGUACCAUCUCCCACACCUACAUCCCGGUCCCCACGAAGAUCAGAGUGAAACAGCAUAAGAUCCUGAUCUACCACCCUGCCUUCAUCAAGUAUGUCUUCGACAACUGGCUGCAGGGCCAUGGGCGGUAUCCAUCCACCGGCAUCCUCUCGGUCAUCUUCUCCAUGCACGUCUGUGAUGAGGUGGACUUGUACGGCUUUGGGGCAGACAGCAAGGGGAACUGGCACCACUACUGGGAGAACAACCCUUCAGCGGGGGCUUUCCGAAAGACAGGAGUGCAUGAUGCAGACUUUGAGUCCAAUGUGACGGCCACUCUGGCAGCCAUCAACAAAAUCCGGAUCUUCAAGGGGAGAUGAUGCUCCAGAGGGUCAAGGGUGGACUGACCACAUCACGCCUGUUGGUUUCCAGCCCCAGUCUUACCACAGCCGGAGCCUUCUGGGAGCUUCCAGAGCCAGCCCCCAGGGGUGUGCCCAGGUGCUGUUCGUAGCCUCCUGCACCCCCACUUUAGGCAGCAUUGACUCAGCAAAGUCACCCCACUGUGCCAGGGCUGCACAGCAAGUCCUAGGACCUCGAAAAGCUCCCCCGUCUGCUGUCCCAGUGCUGAGGGAAGGGGGCGAUGCUUGGAAAGGUAAUUAUUUUGGUGGGGGGGGUGGCAAUAUUAAAAACUCCUGCAUUCUAUGAAGACAGACAAGCUCCUAGGAAAGAUGGGCAGAGCCAGUCGCCACUGCAAGGUCCAGCGCUGGCUCUGAAACUCCUGUUCUCACUGGCGUGUAUGUUAGUGACAGUAACCUCCAGGACGGAGCCACGCUGGGCCGAGAGGCACAAGGAGAAGAUGCUGCCGCCUUGUUUGCAUGAAGCCUGGCUGCUCUCUUGGUGUGACAACCCCACUGUCCCUUUCUUCCUGAAGCUCGCUGAUGAUGACCGGGUGAGCCAACGGACCCUAGAGGUCUUCAUAGGAACCUGGCCGUGUUUCCAACAGGAGCAGCUGCCUCUGCCCACACGAGUUCUUUCUCAUCAGUCUCGUGGUUCCAAUUAGUGCCAGGACCAGCUCUGACUACUUCAUGUGCCUUUAUGCUUGAGGAAGAAGUGCAUGCACUGGCUGAAUGGGACAAAAGCCCCAGGUCAUGGAAGGGGCCUACACCAGGGGGUGCCCUGCCGGAUAGCUGGAAGCCUCUUGUUAAUUUCCCGAGCCAGUGCCUUGAAGGAGCAUAAGGGUACAUUGGUGGGGAACACCCAGGCAUUCCCUGGACUUUUGGCUUCGGUGCCAGUGACCUUCCCCGGCCACAUAGAGCCUCCCAGCUUGCAUCUCCCCCAGUGCCUGAGCUCUGGGCCAGCCCCACAGCCACCUUCGUGGGGGUCAGUGUGGGGGGCUUCCCAGGAACAGUGAGCAGCACAUACCUCGUCUCCUCAAUCUUUCUCCUCCUCCUCCUCCUUCCUAAUUAUUUAUUGAUUUUUUAAAUUCAACUGACGUGUGUGUGCUCUGGCUGUGCUGCUGCCCCUGGUGUUUUCAUUUUCUGUUUCUUCUCCCGCAUCUGGGAGCGGGGAGCUUGAAGGCAGGCUUCUAGGAAUCCUCGCACUUGGGGUGUGAGCCGUCAAGGCUGGCUGUGGCCGGGGCAGGUUCCAGGGCAAUCGCUGGGGGGCUGUGGGGUGGUCCCAGCCACUCCCCCCAGCACAGCCAGCCUUCCUCCCUUCUCCUCUCAGGCCAGGAGCCUCCCACUCACGCCACCUCCCUGGCCAGGGGAAUCAGAGGAACACGCACAGGGACAGUGACUGUUGGCUGGACUCACUGACAGUCACUCAGAAAAGCCACUUCCUGUGGAGAACACUUCCCAAAGGCCAAUGUUCGGUGAGGAGGUGGGACAGUUUCCGGGUACAGUAGGUUAGGUCCCCCAGAUUCAGACCAGGAAGGCAGCGGACAGGGGCUGAGCUCGUGGCUUCAGCUGAGAACCACACAGGGCCUCAGACCAUCUGCAAACAUCCCUGGGAAGCGCAAGCCUCAAGCCUGUGGAUGAGCAUUUGUGCUGUAGCUUUCUGUAGAUUCUCAGAGGUUCAGAAUCCAGAAGGGUUUUUGUUUGUUUGUUUGUUUGUUUCUUGUGUUUUUGUUUAGAAUGCCUAUGUCAGCUUUAAGAAUCUUGGGACUCUUGCCCGACAGCGGCUGGUAAAUCGUGAGGUCCUCAUUCUGAAUGUGCGGCCUGGAGUUAGAAGUCACAGUCAUGCAUCAUGAGAAGAGCUCAGCUCAUGCUGAUCCAUCGCGGGGUCGAACUUGAGAUGAGUGCACGUGGGCACAGCAAGGCGUGCUCACCUUGAGUGCCCCCUCGCCUACUGCUGAGUCUGUUUGGGAUGACAGCUUCCAGGGAGCGGCUGCUUGCUUGGGUCUGCUGAGUGACCCAAGGUCUCCGAAGUGAAGCUGCCUGCCCAGCGUGUCUGGCCUCCAUCUGCCCCCCACUGCCCGGGGAUAGGGGGACCCUGCCGCCAGGGUCCCGAACAGCUCUGCAUUUUACAGAUGGGAAAAGCAAGGCCCAAAGAAGGAUGUGACUCGCAAAGGUGACCAGUUGUGACAGAGAGCACGCAGCAAAGACAGUGAGAGCAAACCUGGGAUGCUGUUGCCUCCGCAUUUAAAAUGCAGAGUUGUGGGCUUUCCUGGCAAGAGCCCACCCAGCCUCCUCUGGGGAAGAACCAGAUGUAGGUGUCUGACGAGGCUCUGUCUCCUGGCUGCUGGGUCCUAGGCCUCCGGAAGGGCCCUCAGCAGGCUCCUUAGUGCCGUGCAACACCCAGGGUAAGAGACUGCCGGUGAUGUUUCUCUUCCUGUAUCCCAGCAGACAUGUGCUUGGCGAGGUGUACGUAACCAAAUGAAAGCUGGAAUUAAAUGUACGCUGCUCAGUUUAAGCCCAGGUGAGAAUGACGGAGAAUUGGGGUGUGCUGGAGCCAGGAGAGCGCCCUUGCUGGGAGACCACCUUGGGCUCAGGCAGAGUGGAGGGGCCCCUAAUCGUCCCACAGAGCUGAACCUGAGUUUCUGCAGCCGGCACCCCACACCCCACCCUCCCUGGUCCUUACCUGCUGUUAGGGGAGAAAGGAAGGCAGACUCUUAGCAUUUGUCUCCCAGAGGAAUUCAGGGCGGAGAUAAAAUUCCCAACUGGAUGCCUUUUGAAUCUCUGGCUUUGUCAAGUGGAUCCAACAAACCACGUGGGCCAAGCUUGGCAAAAGAAGUCAGAUCCCAGAAAACAGGACGCAGAAUAGUGAAGCAGAAGAGAGACCUGGUGACUGUUACAGGCACAGGUCAGACUGAGGAGCCCGGAUGGGACCCCAGUCUCUGCGGUGGCCCCCGGGUACACAAAGGGCCAAUUCUACCUCCACGCAAACCGUGAAUCUGUUCCAGGUCAAAAGUGGAGAGAACAUUUAGGACUGCGAGGAUUGCUUGCCGCUUCUGAAAACUGGAAAAGUGGAGACGAGAGCUCUUCCCCUACCGGGUGCUGAGGAGAAAUGCUCUCUCCUGGGAAGCCCAGUCCCUAGUGGCCAUGUCCGGGCAAGGAGGCUGGCCAGCUGGGUGACCCCCUGAAGCCAGCAGCUGACGUCACGCUCCAGAGAACUCGGGACACUACUCUGUCCACGGUGGACACCUGGUUUGCAGCAAAUGUGGCCACAUAGCUCAGGCUACCCCUCGCCAUUGUGGUCCACUGGCAGGUUCUGAGGGCAUCACGCUGGCUCAGGGAGGGAACGGCAGGGACAGGACAGGCAGGCUGUGUGGGUCGGCCAGUGGGGAGUUAGAAACCUUCCUCCUUACCAUAGGGACACUGAAAAUUGCAGCAGUGAGCCCCCCACCAGGACCCUGUCUGGCUGCCACGGCUCACCCGCCUGCCAGGCAUCUGGCUCGGGUGGCAGCUUUAGCCCCAGCCCGCUCAGGAGCUGCCUCCCUCCCUUCUGCCCAACCCCUUUAGUCCUUCACCAGAUCCCCUUCAAAGCCAAAGUUUCUUGAGCACUUUUUCCUCUCUGCAAUCUUUCACUUGGCUGUUGGUGAUUUGAAGUUUGCUUUCUCUUCCCCUGCACCUCACUCCGCAGCUGAGCGUUGAUUGAUCUGGAUGGGCUUUAAAUGAUGCUAGCGAAUCCACUUCCUAUAGCCCCUGCUUUGUUUUAUUUAUUGUUGAGUAUUUCCAAUGAUCCAAAUCAAAGUGAAUAAAAGAAAGUUAUUUUA